AAAACUUAUAAAAGAGUCAUAGACAUUAGUAUUUAAUACUGGUAUACAACUAUUCUAGUUAUUCAUUAUUUAAUUGUAACAAAAUGUGGAGAUUAUUUCAGAAUUUAUGCAUAUUAUAUUGUUUAUAUUUAAAUUCUUGUUAUGCUGAUGAUUCACAUGGUGAAAAAUUGAGUAAACCUGAAUUUGAUCUAUGUGUUCAAGAAUGUGGUAGUCAGUAUGAAGAAUGUUCUAAAGCAAUACGUGGAUUAUGGAGAAAUUUUCAAAAAAAUAAAAAACAAAUUAUGAAAGUUAUGAAUAGUUGUUGUUUACGUGGUCAAGGUGAUCAUUCACAACCAUCAACAUUAAGUUUUGCUACAUGUGUACGUGAUAAAUGUGGUGCAGAAUUAUGGGGAUGUAACAUUAAGAAACGUCAUAGUGGUUUUCUAACCGAACAAGAAAUUGAAUAUAUCAAACAAAAAGAAUCGCGCCAGAAAAAGAAAACUCCACAGUAAGCUAAAACAAUUCUCAAAUAAAAACAACCUGUAAUGAUUUUCAGUUAAUAGACACAUUCUAAUUGUAACAGUGAUAUUUCUAAUUUAAACAUCAAAAACACGAAGUUCAGCGACGGGAUCUCUUUUCAACAAAUUUGUUAUCAAGCUGUA